GGCUCCCGCUCGAGUUGGCGGUCCCCUCGGGUGCUGCUGGGCGGACGUAGAGUUCCCAGUGCGGGUGGCCGCGGUCUCCCGGUGGCACAAUCUGCCACGACCCGAGGCGACAUGAGUGCCGCGGGGCUUUUGGCUCCAGCCCCGGCCCCGACUGCAGCGCCGGCGGCUCCGGAGUACUACCCCGAGGAAGACGAAGAACUGGAGAGCGCCGACGAUGAUGAGCGCAGCUGCCGGGGCCGCGAGUCGGACGAAGGUCCUUUUGUGUUCUCCUUUGUAUCCUGUGGCGUCCCUGGGCGGUGCAGACGGUUAGGCACUGGGCUGCCAAGCAAAAGGCGGGUGGUUCAGAUCCACUGGACCUCGGAAGAGAAGCCUGGUGAACUACUUGCCAACGAUCGUAGACCCCGAGCACCCGUGAAGCACGUUUUCACUCUGAAGCUUGUGGCAAACCCUGUUUUUGUCGCCGUGAAACAGGACUGUGCUCCAGGUAGAAGCACAAGAGUUGCAGAGACGUGUGGCACCUGCCGUUCAGGCAGCCUGGUCCGUCACCGUGGGGUGAUGUAUCAGGACAAACUGGCUUCUCUCAAGAGGCAGCUGCAACAACUGCAGGAAGGUACAUUACAGGAGUAUCAGAAGAGAAUGAAGAAACUAGACCAGCAGUACAAAGAGAGGAUACGAAACGCAGAACUCUUCCUCCAGCUGGAAACAGAACAGGUGGAGAAAAACUACAUUAAAGAGAAGAAGGCAGCAGUGAAAGAAUUUGAAGACAAAAAGGUUGAGCUGAAAGAGAACUUGAUUGCUGAGCUAGAAGAAAAGAAGAAGAUGAUUGAAAAUGAGAAGCUCACAAUGGAACUGACUGGAGAUUCUAUGGAAGUGAAACCCAUCAUGACCAGAAAGUUGCGGAGGCGACCAAAUGAUCCUGUCCCCAUCCCGGACAAGAGGAGAAAACCUGCUCCUGCCCAGCUAAACUACUUGCUAACAGAUGAACAGAUCAUGGAGGAUCUGAGAACAUUAAACAAGCUUAAGUCACCCAAGAGACCAGCGUCCCCAUCCUCUCCUGAACACUUGCCCGCCACACCUGCAGAGUCUCCAGCCCAGAGAUUUGAAGCUCGGAUAGAAGAUGGCAAACUGUACUAUGACAAAAGAUGGUACCACAAGAGCCAAGCCAUCUACCUUGAGUCGAAAGACAACCAGAAACUCAGCUGUGUGAUCAGCUCUGUUGGCGCCAAUGAGAUCUGGGUGAGGAAGACCAGCGACAGCACCAAGAUGCGGAUCUACUUGGGCCAGCUCCAGCGCGGACUCUUCGUGAUCCGCCGGCGGUCAGCGGCUUGACUUUCAGCAGCGUUCUUCCUUUGAGCCCUAUUCUGGA